GCGCUGGGCAGGCAAGACUGCGGUGGUGACAGGCGCUAGUGCGGGCAUCAGGGGCGGCGGUGUGCGUCGCGCUAGCUGACGCCGGGAUGAAGGUCGUCGGGCUCGCGAGGAGAGCGCCGUUAGUUGAGGUUGGUGAUGUUCUCAGGAUAAUGGAGCGCUGGGCAGGCAAGACUGCGGUGGUGACAGGCGCUAGAGCGGGCAUCGGGGCGGCGGUGUGCGUCGCGCUAGCUGACGCCGGGAUGAAGGUCGUCGGGCUCGCGAGGAGAGCGCCGUUAGUUGAGAAACUGCAGUCGCGAGUCACAGGCAAGGGCAGCAUAGUGGGCAAACAGUGCGACGUGUCGCAGCAGAGCGAGGUCGCGGCAGUGUUCCAGUGGGUGGACGACACGCUCGGCGGUGUGGAUGUCCUCGUCAAUAAUGCUGGCGUCUUCUUUCCUGGGGGUAUGACUGACGUAAGUCCGAAGCCGACGCCAGAAGAAAAUCUGUUGAAAUGUAUUGACGUCAAUGUGAAAGGAGUGGUGAUGUGCACGCGCCGUGCUAUCUCCUCCAUGCGCCGACGCGGCGUCGCCGGACAUAUUGUCAACAUUAACAGUAUUGCGGGCCACUACAUUCCCUUCGAUUCGAUGUUCAACGUGUACCCGGGGAGCAAGCACGCCGUCACCGGCAUCACUGCGUCUCUUGACAACGAGCUCUGUGACUUCGGCAGCAAAAUCAAGACAACGAGUAUAUCCCCCGGACUGGUAGCCACGGACAUGGUGAUUGCCGAAUUGGACGGCGCCCCGCUGACAGCGCCGGCGCUGCGUCCCGAAGACGUCGCCGAGGCCGUGCGCUAUGUUGUAUCCACCCCGCCCUCCGUCAACAUUAACGAGUUAACCAUUACGCCUGUGGGUGGAAAACGGCUUUGAGAUCUCGGAAUGGAGAAAUCAAUCUUGGUCUACUGUUAUUAUAUAUGUUACAUCAAAUAAUUAUAAUGUUCGCACCAAAUACUCAAGGCUAAAUAAACCUUCAGUGGGC